ACUUUCGGGAAGGGAAAAAUGAAUUCUGACCUCUGGAGUUGAGAAAGAGAUGGGAGGGAAGAGAAGCAUCCUACUUCGCGGCCGGCCCGCCAGUGAGAGGUCCGGGAACAACAAUCCCCAUGAAGCCUCUGGCCACCACUACCGGUAGUCAAAGGCCCGCGCACCGCAGAGCAUCACGGAUUUUGUAGUCCUCUCCCUAUUGGCAUCCCGCGGAGGGCGGCCGCAGCCACAACAAAUGUGGGAGGCGACAAGUCAGGAUGACAGCGACAGGUGGCAGUGGGGGUGAAAUCGACAAAAGGUUUGUUUUAAGGAGAGAGGUCACCAUCCUGCGGACCUUGUGUGUCCUAUCUUCUCCCAGGGGAUUCCAGGGCCCCUGGGUCUGUCAUAAAGGCGGACCUUGAAGACCCACGGUUGUGAGGGUCAGGGGCUGUCCCUCCUCCAGUGGGAUGUCAUAGCCUCCACCUGCUGCCCAGAGGUGCUGGGGCCUGGUCACCACUCCCCCGCCGCCAGAUCCCUUCAGUUCCUUCCUCGCCUAGACUUGGGGCGCCUCCUCCCGCCGCAGCCUCCGCCGCAGCCACUAGCGUUCUGCGGUCCCCGCGCCUAGGACCGCCCAGGAGGCGGGGCCUACCAACCAAGAGGCGUGUGGCCUCUCCUCCGGCUCCUCCCUUCUUCCUUCUUAACCCCGCCCCUUCCAUUGGCCCACCCAUCCCAGUGGUUGAGAAGCUGUUGCCGGCUCUCCGGCUGCGCUCCUCCCUUCAAGUACCGGCGCGCACUCCUUUACCCAUCUCUUGUCCGCAGUCUUUGUGAUCUAGGCCUCGUUCCCUUUCCUCCACCAGCUGGAAACCUUUGCCCCUCCCGAAGGCCUCGUGGACCAUCCCCCGGGUAUCUGACACCGAAUCUCUCCAUUCCAGCCCUGACCCCCCCACCCCUGUGUCCAGAGAAGCAGUGAGCGCCUUUCCCCUAACAGGUGUCUCAUUCCCCGUCCUCCAUCCGACGAGCCCAGCGGCUCCUGGAGCUCUGAAUGCUCAUUUUAAACGCCCCACUUUGCCAUCCACUUAUUAGUCCCACCUUCCUCUGGACCAUUGAGAUGUUUCCAACCCCUUAUAGACCCCACCCAUCUACCUGUGUCUCUUCCAUCCAUCGGACCCUCUUCCUAACGAAGUCCAAGUCUGCAGCUCCAGCAGGACCUGGUGAUGUAUGUCUGUCAUCCCAGCUACCGGGAUGAGGCUGAGACAGGGUCAGGAUAGCAAACCUAAGGCCUCCUUGGACUCUACAGCUUGCCGUCUCCCCCCCCCCCCCAGCUUCCAUUCAGAAGUUCCACCCCUUCCCACUGUCCUGCUCUCUUCUCUUCUCUGUCUCCUGUCAGUUUUUUAUUUAAUCAGGUUCCAUCUCCACCUCCAGUUCCGGUCGUCUUCCCCGCCCCCGCCCCGCCCCUAAGUGAGACCCUUCCUCUCAUUGUCCCGGCCCAAUAAGAUUAUUGAUUUCUUGGGCUUCCUGUCACUGUUAACCUAAUCAAACCCUUCCCUGUGCAUCUGCUUUUUCAAUAGAGGUACUGCCUGCCAGGACCUUAGGCCAGUGACCAGUUUGGUUUCUUUUUCUCAGCUUCUCCUGUGGUUCCUCCCUUUUAGAAAACAGCCUAUUAGGUUUUUUUUUUGGGGGGGGGGGUCGAGUCUCAUGUAACAUAGGCUGGCCUCCUCACUCUGUAGCAUGACCUUGAACUCCUGAUCCCCCUGUCUCCACCGCACCUGUCUCUUUCUCAUACCUGGCUCCAGGGUCUCCAUUUUCGCUGGGCUGCUGAGUUAGGCAUUUUUAGGGUUCCCUUGACGCCCCGCCCUCUUCUAGGUACGAUCCAAUCCCUGAGCCUUCUGUGCAACCCCACCUUCUCUAGCUAGGCAUGGUCGGAGUCUGUCUAGCUGUGGCCCCGCCCAGCCCCUCAGCCCAAUCAGCUCUUGUCCUCCCUCCACCUACCCAAUCGCGCCCUCCUCAUCCAUUCAUCGUCUCCUCUCAUCCAAUCACGCUUACCUUUCCAUCCGGGCCCCGCCCCCGCGGCCCCGCCCCCAGCCCCACCUCCCCGUCUAAUGCUGAGCUCAGUGUGCGUUUGGUCGUUCCGCGGGCGCCAGGGGGCCGAGGAGCAGCAACCGCAACCGGCACCAACGCCGCAGCCGCCCGAGUCUCCGCCGCCGCCGCUGCAGAAGCAGUGCGCGCAAGUCGGCCCCGCCGCGUCCCCGGCGGGUACCCCGCUUUCCUGCGGGCCCGGGGGCCGGCGCGCCGAGCCAUGCCCCGGGCUGCCGGCGGUGGCCAUGGGGCGGCACGGCGGCGGCGGCGGCGACAGCGGUAAGAUCGUGAUCAACGUGGGCGGCGUGCGCCAUGAGACGUACCGCUCCACGUUGCGCACCCUGCCGGGGACCCGGCUGGCCGGGCUGACUGAGCCCGAGGCGGCCGCGCGCUUCGACUACGAUCCGGGUACGGACGAGUUCUUCUUCGACCGCCACCCGGGCGUCUUCGCCUACGUGCUCAACUACUACCGCACCGGCAAGCUGCACUGCCCGGCCGACGUGUGCGGUCCGCUCUUUGAGGAGGAGCUAGGCUUCUGGGGCAUCGACGAGACGGACGUGGAGGCCUGCUGCUGGAUGACCUACCGCCAGCAUCGCGACGCAGAGGAGGCACUCGACUCCUUCGAGGCCCCCGACUCCUCCGGCGCAGCCAACUCCGCCAACGCCGGAGGUGCCCACGAUGCAGGCCUGGACGACGAGGCGGGCGCCGGAGGCGGAGGGCUGGACGGAGCAGGAGGCGAGCUCAAGCGUCUGUGCUUCCAAGAUGCGGGCGGAGGCACCGGGGGACCUGCCGGGGGCGCGGGCGGCGCGGGCGGCACGUGGUGGCGGCGCUGGCAGCCCCGCGUGUGGGCGCUUUUCGAGGACCCCUACUCGUCGCGGGCUGCCAGGUAUGUGGCCUUUGCCUCCCUGUUUUUCAUCCUCAUCUCCAUCACCACCUUCUGCCUGGAGACACAUGAGGGCUUCAUCCACAUCAGCAACAAGACGGUGACGCAGGCCUCCCCAAUCCCUGGGGCUCCCCCAGAGAACAUCACCAAUGUGGAGGUGGAGACAGAACCCUUCUUGACCUACGUGGAAGGCGUGUGUGUGGUCUGGUUCACCUUUGAGUUUCUCAUGCGAGUCACCUUCUGCCCGGAUAAGGUGGAGUUCCUCAAGAGCAGCCUGAACAUCAUCGACUGUGUGGCCAUCUUGCCCUUCUACUUGGAGGUGGGCCUCUCAGGCCUCAGCUCCAAAGCUGCCAAGGACGUGCUGGGCUUCCUACGCGUCGUCCGCUUUGUUCGCAUCCUGCGGAUCUUCAAGUUGACCCGUCACUUUGUAGGCCUGCGUGUGCUGGGCCACACACUCCGGGCCAGCACCAACGAGUUCUUGUUACUCAUCAUCUUCCUGGCUCUGGGGGUCCUCAUCUUUGCCACCAUGAUCUACUAUGCUGAGCGAAUUGGUGCCGACCCUGAUGACAUCCUGGGCUCCAACCACACCUACUUCAAGAACAUCCCCAUUGGCUUCUGGUGGGCCGUGGUCACCAUGACCACCCUGGGCUAUGGAGACAUGUACCCUAAGACAUGGUCUGGGAUGCUGGUCGGGGCGCUGUGUGCGCUGGCCGGUGUGCUGACCAUCGCCAUGCCCGUACCCGUCAUCGUCAACAACUUCGGCAUGUACUAUUCACUGGCUAUGGCCAAGCAGAAAUUGCCAAAGAAGAAAAACAAACACAUCCCCAGGCCUCCACAGCCUGGCUCACCCAACUACUGCAAGCCUGACCCCCCGCCUCCACCCCCACCACACCCCCACCACGGCAGCGGUGGCAUCAGCCCACCACCGCCCAUCACCCCUCCUUCCAUGGGGGUGACUGUGGCUGGGGCCUACCCGCCUGGACCCCACACACACCCUGGGCUGCUCAGGGGUGGUGCUGGGGGGCUGGGCAUCAUGGGAUUGCCUCCUCUGCCAGCCCCUGGUGAGCCCUGCCCACUGGCUCAAGAAGAGGUGAUUGAAACCAACAGAGCAGGCAGUGACUUGGGUGUCCUGGAGGAAGGAGUAGACCCCCGCCCCAACGGGGACCCUGCAGCAGCUGCAUUGGCCCAUGAGGACUGCCCCGCUAUCGACCAGCCAGCCAUGUCUCCAGAAGACAAGAGCCCAAUCACUCCUGGAAGCCGGGGUCGCUACAGCCGGGACCGAGCCUGCUUCCUGGUCACUGACUACGCCCCUUCCCCUGAUGGCUCCAUCCGAAAAGCCACUGGUGCUCCCCCACUGCCCCCCCAUACUGGCGUAAGCCAGGCCCCCCAAGCUUCUUGGCCGACCUCAACGCCAACGCAGCGGCCUGGAUAUCCCCCUAGUGGACGAGCCCCCUUCCCCCUAGGCUCUUGUCACCGCCUGAGACCUCGCGAGACCCUCGGGUUUCCCCUGUCCCUUUCCCCCAGGUUAGCAAUUGGGAAUGGUGGGAGGGGUGUCCCGAGUCACUGGGCUUUUGUCCCCCGCCCCAGGCCCCUUCCUGCAGUCAGAGCAUCACCUCCCAGCCUGGGAUGCUUAGAAAAGCCUUCCCAGUCGUCCUGGUGCCGGCAGAGAAAACAAAAAAGAAAAAAAACAAAACAAAACCCACCUACCCACAUGGUCCUGAUGUGGGAGCCCAUGAGCUGUGUGACCUUACUGCUUCCUGUCACCAGCAGACCCCAUCCAAUUUUGGAAUCCUCCACCUUAUCCCAUAUCCUGGACUCUUGAAAGAUGUCCAUGCUGAGUGUAAUGGCUCAUGACUCUUAGUCCAAGGCUACCUACCUACUGAAUUUGAAGUCAGCCUGGGCUAAAUAGUGAGUUUGAGGCCAGUUUGGGCUACAUAGUGAGAUUGAGGCCAGC